AUGGAAUCCCUCAACACCCUCGCCAACUCACUAACGACCAACUCGCCACCCAGCCUCAUCGCCGCCGAAAAGGAGCUGCUCAACAAUUUCAAGGCGGCCGCCUUGAGUAUCACCACUCUCUACCGCUCUUCGCGACACACGUCCAAGCGAGCGUUCAAUGCCGGCUACGCAUCAGCAUGUCAGGACCUCCUCAUGAUGAUCCAACAGGGAGUGUCGGACGGUGGAAUCGGCACGGGCAGUGACGAAGGGCACUCCGACGCGCACGGGAUGACGGUUGGGAAAGUGAUGGAUUGGUAA